AUGAACUAUUGGAUUGAAAAGUGGCUCAAGGUGUAUUUGAAAUGCUUCAUUAAUUCAAUCCUGUUUCAUCGUAACGUGUAUCCUGCUGAAUCAUUUGACAUCACAACUUACCAAGCGUUCGACCUACCGCAGUUCACACCAGUGAACAGACAUCCUGGGUUACAAGAAUACAUUGAAGAACUCAUUCUAGAUCUAUUGAGCAAGUUGAUUCAUAUCUACGGGUUGUGCCUCUGUGUUGUGACAAAAGAGGAUAAUGUGUGUGUUGAACGGUAUGUGUUGAGCUUUGACGAGUUCAGGCAUGUUGACGAAGUGGGAACACUUUCAGAGUCAGAAGUUUUCGAAGAGUUUCGAUCAAGUCUCAAUAGCCUCACUGCACAUUUGGAAAAGCUUGAUCCCAUAAAAGACGAUACUGUUGCUUUCGAAAUCAUUAUCAAUACGAUGGAGAUGCAAUUAGGUCACAGGCCUCAAGGAAAUGAGAGGCUGAAGAACCAAGAAGCGAAAAAAGCUUUUGAGAGGGAGACAAAUUGGACUAAAUGUGAGGAAGAUGAGGGUCUACCAGAAAACCUCGGAGUCUAUAAACCCAAAAUUAAAAUGACUUCCCUCGCAGGAUGCGACGUAGGCCCACUAAUAAUUCAUAAUCAUUGCGAGAAGCUGCUGGUUUCAGAUGGUAGCCUCAAUGGCGUUUAUGUCACAAGUCAAGAUAGCAGUAUCCUGGGAUCAUUGUGA